CCGACAUGGUCCUUAUAUAUCUGACUGCCACAGUGCGUAUCUGCUGGCGUUGCGGCAGCCGGGCCGUGCUCUGGCAACUCUUGUUGAUCGCGUGAACGGAUAUUGCCCCGUGCCACGAUUGCGGGUUUCCUAGCAUUGUAUCUUUUACUUCGACCCCAGCAUUCAAGAGAGGCAGCCAUGCUUGUUCGUCCCUCUAUUAAGCCUUUCUUUUCGGCGAGACCUUCAGCGAUUUCGUUCUCCACACAUUGGGCUUCAAGUUCACGACGUCGGUUUACUACGGCGAACGGCGCUCUGCCUCGGGAAACUCCUCCCAUAUUCCGCUCUGCAUAUAGUCUCCUUGCAGUUUCUCUAGCUAGUGGAGCCUUGGGCUAUUUUGUGUCGAGCUGGAAUAAGACUGACGACAUUCCGACCACUCCCAAGUACGGCUCCCCCAAAGACUAUGAACAAGCCAUCUCAGAGCUUCAGCGUACCUUUGCUAGUCGUGACGGCGUCGUCUCGACAGAUCCACAAGACUUACACAUACACGGACACUCAGAAUAUGAUUACCACCCUGACUUGCUUCACAGCGUCGUUGUCUAUCCUGACUCAACAGACGAUGUCGUCAAAAUUGUUAAAAUUGCGACGAAAUACCGCAUGCCUAUUACACCUUACUCGGGUGCUACAAACUUAGAGGGGCAUACCCGUGGUCAUUCCUCUGGUGGGAUAUGCCUUGACCUUUCUGGCAUGAAGAGGAUCAUAGAAAUACACGAGGCUGACUCUGAUAUGGUUUGCCAACCUGGCAUUGGCUGGGUCGAAAUCAACGACGCUUUACAAGACAAGGGAAUUCCUCUCUUUUUCCCGAUCGAUCCCGCUCCCGGUGCAACAAUUGGAGGAAUGCUUAGCACAGGAUGUUCCGGGACGAACGCUGUUCGAUAUGGUACGAGCAAGGGAGAAUGGUUUCUAAACGCCACCGUAGUGUUACCUUCCGGAGAGGUCAUCAAGACGAGAAGACGAUCUAGAAAAUCUUCCGCUGGGUUUGAUACUACAAAGUUAUUCAUUGGCGCUGAAGGGACGUUAGGCAUCGUCACCGAAGUCACAAUCCGACUGGCGCCCGUCUUGCCAACAAGUGUCGCAGUAGUUCAGUUUCCUGACGUAAGAAAAGCAACAGAGGCCGUCAGAGAAAUUAUAAACCAAGGGGUUGGAAUACAAUGCAUAGAACUGGUGGAUUCAGAGUUCAUGCGGGCGACAAAUAUCUAUGGCCAAUCCAAACGCAAAUGGCCAGAAAAGGAUGGCCUUUUCAUUAAGCUGCAAGGGCACACGCAACAGUCCAUCAUGGACAGCGCUCAGGUGGUCAAGAAGGUCGCGGAAAAGCAUGGUGGGAUUGGUUUCGAGCUUGCAAAGAACGGCAAGGAGGCGGCAGACCUUUGGGCUGAUAGGAAAAAUGCACACUUUUCCGGUCUGGCCCUGAUUCCGGGGGCCAAAGGGUGGGCGACGGACGUGUGUGUCCCCGUGUCGAAGUUACCAGACCUCGUAUACCAGACUAAGGAAGAUCUUAAGAACCUCGGGCUUGUUACCACUAUAGUUGGACAUGUUGGAGACGGGAAUUUUCAUGCUCUGAUCCUCUUCAAUAAUGAGGAAGAGCAAGUCAAGACAAAGCAGGCGGUCAGCCGAAUGGUAAGGAGAGCUAUUGCACUCGAUGGCACAUGUACCGGAGAGCACGGCGUUGGCAUUGGCAAGAAAGACUACCUCAUAGAAGAGCUCGGAGAAGGGACAGUAGAACUAAUGAAGACUAUUAAACGUUCUAUCGACCCUCUUGGGCUUUUCAACCCUGGCAAGGCACGUCUUUCGGAUUUCCGUUAAUUCGAACGAUCUCAAUGUUCUGAAAAUGAUACAGUUGUACCCUGAAA